GUCAACCUCAAGGGAAGGGUCUAAACUCUUAAGCGCCUCAACAACAAACACGACUCACACAUUGCAUCUGCUAACUCUCUCUCUCUCUCUCUCUCUCUCUCUCUCUCUCUCUCUGCGCUCUCCACUGAACCGAGUCUGAAAGAGGAGAAGAUUUAACUAACUCCAAUGGCUGCACGUGUGGCUGCAAGGUACGGAUCCAGAAGGCUAUUUAGCAGUGGUUCUGGGAAAAUACUUAGCGAGGAGGAAAAAGCUGCAGAGAAUGCUUACUUUAAGAAAGCUGAGCAAGAGAAGUUGGAGAAGCUUGCUCGCAAGGGUCCUCAAUCAGAAGCAGUCUCGGGGGGUUCAGUAACUGAUGCCAAACCAAGUAGCUCAGGACAUACUGGAACAUCAGUUGACAGAGUUUCAACUGACAAGUACCGGAAUUAUGCAGUUGUAGCUGGUACUGUAACAAUGCUUGGGGCUUUGGGGUGGUACCUUAAAGGCACUGCAAAGAAGCCAGAAGUGCAGGAUUGAACCUUUCAGGGGUGCAUGUUCUCCAUUUUGGUAUUGGUUGCAGCGGUUGCACAAAAAUAAAUGACCACACUACUAACUCUGUUUUCAUUCCAUGUUACUAUUAUCAUGAAUUACUCCUUUAAUGUUUCAUGAUUUACAUGUUAUCGAUAUAUUCUCGGUGCUACUUAGCAUGACGAGCAUCAAAAUUUGUUUUCACUAAUCACUAUUCGUUCAAAUGAAUCAACUGCAUCUGCACGUGAUGAUCACUUGCAUUUGCCCAUUAGCAGGGUGAGAUUGUAUGUUGCCGGAACUUGAAUUAGCGUAUGAAUGAAAUGCCAAUAGAGAAGGAAAUAUUUGGAAUA